AUGUCUGCCCGUAGAUCAAGACAGAAAAUCGCAUACAGCGACGACGACGAUUUCGACGCAGCACCCCCCCAAAACGCCAGCGACUCGGACGACGCCAGCGAGCCUGAAUUCGACGAGGACCCCGAGGAUUUCGACGAUUUCGAGGACGAGGACCACCAGCCCCAGGAGGCCGAGGACUCGGCCGAGGAGGCCUACGAAGCCGAGCCCAAAGUGUCGGCUAGGCCCCUGCGGGGCGGCCGCCCGGUCCGGGAAACCAAGAAACGCCAGCUCACGUUUUACGAGGAGGACGAUUUGCUCGACAGCGACGAGGAGGCCCCGGCUCCCAAAAAACGCGUGUCGGUCAAGCUCAAAAUCCCCCGCCGGGCGGCGCCCAAAAAAGAGGAGGACUUCCUAGAGCCGGAGCCGGAGUACCGGCCCGACGUGCUGCGCAUGACCGAGCGCCAGCGGGCCCGUUUGGCCGAAGACGAGCCCAACGAAAAGUACGAGGAACUGAUGUUCGCCCGCAUGGACGAGCAGCUCCUAGCGUUGAACAGGAAGACCCAGAAAAAGAAGGAGACCGCGGAGGAGAUUGCCGUGCGCAAGGCCGAGAACGCCCGCAAGCGGGCCGACUACAAGAUCAAGCAGCUCGAGGAGGAGAAGCGCGACACGUUGAACAAGUUGUUGAAGCGCCGGGCCAACAAGACGCGCGAGAAGGAGGACGACGACGAGUCGGACUCGAAACAGACGCUCAAGCCCCGACGGCCGGUGGUGGGGCACGCUGCGCUCAUGCGGUGGGUGAGUCUGUCGGCCGGCUCGGUCUUGGCCUUCACGGAGUGA